AGUCACUCUCACUUCACACCUUCUUUGUCUCACUCUUUCUCUCUCACACACACAUUUUUGACUCUCACAGACAACACAGUUAAAUUCCCUUUGGCAGAUUAUUCCUUAUUCUGUCCUCUCUUUCUCUCUCAUGUCCAUAUCUAUUCCACCAUUUUUGUCACCUAUGUACACCACAACUUCCUUUAUUUUGUUCCUUUCUCUAUUUUCCUCAUUUCACUGUUACCUUGGUCAGAGGAAACAAUGCUAUCCAUCCAUAACAUUCAUUAUUCUUUUUUGUUUUGUUCUUCUAUGAAAUGACAUCUUAGGAUUGGACUCUUCCUAGUCUUUCAUUUCCUUUAUCAUUCAUUCAUUCUUCUCUUCAAUCAUAUUAUUCACUCAAGUCCAGUCAUGGCUCAAGAGGAAGAAGGUUGGCCUUUUGGGCUGAAUUUAUUGAAUCCAAGAAAUGUUUUAGUAAGAAACGGUGAAUUCUCUGGAUCGAUCUCCUUCGCCACUUUGUUCACGAGUUCUUCCAUCCGUUCAACUGAUUCUUCCUCAUAUCUUGAUAUAGAGUCCACAGGAUCACUUUUCCAUGACAAGAGCAUCACACUUGGAAGCCUCUUAGGUGUUUCUAGCUUCCUAGAAUUGUCAAGGAGAUCAAUCAGGGGAAGAGAGAUGGAACCCUCAAAGGAAGACAAAAAGAAUCACAAGCUGAAACCUUGGUUGUUCUCACUCUGUACAAAGCUAACUACCGAUGCAGUUAUUCCGAACGAUGUUCCUUCUCUUGGUCAGUACCUUGUAGCAGAGAGAAGAGCUAGACGUGCUAGACGUACUUACAGAAGGAAUCAAUGUGCUUCUGUUGACGGGCAUAAUGUUUUCUCUCCGGUUCAAGAGUCAAACUCACCAUUUGUUGGUAGCCAGGCUGCUCGUAGUUCACCAGUUUCAUCGAAUGAAGAUAAUGGAAGAGAUGCCAAUACAGCAUUGCGGCAGAACAAUAGAUAUGGAACACCAACACCAUUCUCUUCGUUAUGGCGAUGAGUCAAAAAGUGACAACCUUAUGUCACUCAUUUUAGCACUUGUUCAGUUUGUGACUCUCAUGUCCUAAUGUCGAUUACACUGCAAUUUUAAGAAGCUAGAAAUUCAAGCUUCAGUAUCACCACAGUGCCACUGUGAGAACAAACACUUUUCUCAAGUAUAACCUCAUUUUUUUUCUCUCAU